UUGUAACCUGCAGUAUGCCGAUAUCUGCAGAUAUUGUAAAUUCCACCGCUGAGUUUGAAUACACCGUAAUCACGUGUACGGAUUCUGACCUUCAUCUAAAAUGUGAUACUGGUGUGGUCUUAGCUACGUCAGCAACAUAUGGUCGCCAAAUUGACAUUUGUGGACGUGCAGAGCCGCAAAAUGAAAUUUAUCCUGAGUGUAAUGAGAGUCCUAAAUUCUAUUACUUGUGUAACGGACUGGCAGAAUGUGUUUUAACAAGAGAUCAACUUGAAAGCUUUGAUCCGUGUCUUCCUUCCUACAACUAUUACAACAUCACCCAUGUUUGCAUCCCAACACAAACAAGUCUAACUUGUGAAGGUGACACAAAUGACAUUGGAUGUGAACAUGGCGUAAUAGCAAUAAUUGAUGCAAUCUAUGGACGUACAGAUAAAACGACCUGCUCUAAACCAAAAAGAAGACCAAAUCGACAUCAAAACACGAACUGCCUUGCACCUGAAGCACUGAGUAUCGUGUCAGACAGUUGUGAAGGGGUUAAAAGCUGCACGGUAACAGCCUCCAAUGAUAUGUUCGAUGAUCCAUGUGUCGGCACACGCAAGUAUCUGACCAUCUCCUACUACUGCACGCCAGAGGAGAGCUGAUCUUGUGGAUUCAGACACCUUAGUUCUGUUGGUAUCCCCAUAUUGGCUGUACCAAAUCAAAUGAACCCUCCCUUAUGUUUAACCAUGGAUUUCUUACAAAUAAUACCUACACAACUGACUUAUUUUAAUCAAACCAUGAUAUGGAUUUGCUAUUGUAGUUUAACCAUAUCUAUCUGUGGCUGUAGAAAAAAAAAGGUAAUUUGUUGAUCAGUUUUUCUG